AUCUUCAUUACCAAUCACAGCGGUAAAUAUAUUCACACGCGCGCGCGAGCGCACACACAAAUAUACGCAUAUUUCUGAACCCCAAUUCAUUUCUCUGCGUCGUAACAUUUGUUACUUAUUCGAUCUAACAGUACAAGUAUUGAAGAAAUAGUGGUGCGAUUUGGAUGGGUUUGAAGGCUGUGUACUGAUGUCAUUGUUCGGGAUUAUCAUUCGUCAGCUCGCCGAGAUUCAAGCAAUGGCUACUUCAAAGAAGGUUAUUACGAAGGAGGAGUGGGAGAAAAAGCUCAACAGUGUAAAGAUUAGGAAAGAAGAUAUGAAUAAAUUGGUCAUGAACUUUCUUGUCACUGAGGGCUAUGUUGACGUUGCAGAAAAGUUCAGGAUGGAAUCCGGAACUGAACCAGACAUAGAUCUUGCGACAAUAACAGAUCGUAUGGCAGUUAAAAAGGCAGUACAAAAUGGGAAUGUUGAGGAUGCAAUUGAAAAAGUUAAUGAUUUGAAUCCCGAGAUAUUGGAUACCAAUCCCCAACUGUUUUUCCAUCUACAACAGCAAAGGUUGAUAGAACUCAUUCGGAAUGGAAAAGUUGAAGAGGCUUUGGAGUUUGCUCAGGAGGAGCUCGCACCAAGGGGAGAGGAAAAUCAAGUUUUUUUAGAAGAGUUGGAGAGGACUGUUUCUCUGCUGGCAUUUGAAGAUGUCACCAACUGCCCUGUUGGAGAGCUUCUGGACAUAUCACAGCGCCUAAAGACUGCAAGUGAGGUGAAUGCGGCCAUCCUUACAAGCCAGAGUCAUGAAAAAGACCCAAAGCUACCCAGCUUAUUGAAGAUGCUGUUAUGGGCCCAGAACCAACUUGACGAAAAAGCUGCUUAUCCUCGCAUUAAGGAUUUAUCUACUGCCACAUUUGAAGAUCCCGCUGUUUGAAAGGUGCGAAACACCCUUGUGUGGAUGAUCCAGGUUUGCGAGAUAUCACUAGCGCGGGUUGAACAGAAUGAGCAAAUGGAAUAGAAAACCAUGCACCGUUUGUUUAGGGAAAUACUGUAGGUAGGUAGCUCAUCAUGAGUGCCAUUUACAUUUCUAGAUUCCGAUUGUGCAAGUGUGUUGUUACAUUUCAUCUCGAAAGCUCUUCCGAGCCCUCAAGUCAUUGUACACAUAAUUGUCAAUACUUGCUCUAUUUUCAAUUUUGUUCUUGUAUGGAUGAUUUCUUUGGCAGGCGGUGUGAAACAGAUUAGAAUUUACUGAAGCCGAACCAGUUUCUAACUGGAUAGAAUGCACUCAUGAUCCAUCUUCUGUUUCAUUA